AUGGUCCUACAAUGGGUUCAUGGUCACUGUGGCAUUAAAGGAAAUGAGCUUGCUGACACACUUGGUAAGAAGGGGACAACGAUUUUGCAAUACAUGGGCCGGCCGAUGCCUUUCCACUCAAUGACCACCUUAAUCAGGAGAGAAUUCCACACCUUAAAGUGCUACGAAAUUAAAGCUCGAACAAAGGAGAAACAGUGGACUGUGACACUCUCCGAUAUAGCCGGCUGGCCAAGAAUCGAACCCGUUGCUGAGUUCAGACAAAGUACCGGACGCGAUUGCUUGCAAAUCAUCUUCACAGAUAGGGAGUAUACACUCAACCCACAUACCCUCUAUGUAACCUACAGGAGGAAAUGGAGAGGACCUACCUGA